GAUGUUUAGCCGAGAUCGCACGGAAUCGUAUUUCAGCGAGGGCACUCACAGUCCAGGGACAAGUCGGAACGUAGGCGCAGCGUCGGCAAAGCAGUUUGGUGUCGGCGGACUCCUGGUGGAAGGAAUGGCACAGCUAGGUGGUGUCAAAGCAGCAUUGGAGAUGGCAAGCAAACAGGAAAAGAAUGGCGAAUGCCAUUUAAAUGGGACUGCCAACGUCGGAAUGCCAUCUUCGAAUGAAGCCUACAAGAGUACUAAUUGCGCUGUUGCUGACCACAUCAGUGCUGCUAAGCUGCAGUCGACGCAGAAGGUUCAGGCCUCCUGUUCUCCUCACUUGAAGGGCGUCGGACAAGAAGAUGCUUCUGUUUCUGGUCAACAAAAGAGCAGGUGCAUUGUGACUCAAGGUCCUGAACAAGCUGAUAUAUCCAAAGUGAAUUCUGUUCAUGAUGGUGGAGACAUCGACUGCAUGGGCAGUGAGGACUGGGAAGACAUGUACUCUACACUCGAACAACAAGGAUUCGGAGCAGGGAAAGGUCAAUCUUCUAGUACUGAGGAGGAUCAUGGUCGUAUUGGGCAAAAGGAAGAUAGUAUUGAUGAUAUUGAUAUUCUCGGUAACGGGACGAAUUAUGCUCUUCUACAAGAUGAGAAGCAUGACCAGGAAAAGCGGGAUCAGGGUUUUCUGCUCGAUCAGAAGAAGCAUAACAAGAUGAACGAAGAGAGGAAUUUUUCCAUGACUGCUACACAUGCACUCGUGAAAAAGCGCGCCUCCUCUAGCUCUACACAAGAAGUACUAGAAGAACAAGUUGUACAACCGCGUGAUCCUGUACUCGAAGCAGCACGCGAUCACUGGUACGAGUUUCGAGAGGGGACUGUCCCUAUUCUACGUUUGAAGCAUGUCCCGCAUGAUGUCGACGUAGUGCAUGUGGAAGAUGCUUUGGGAUCUCAUGCCGCGAACUUGUGCGGACGCAUUCUGGUUGAUCGCACACAUAAGAUGAUGCAAUUGGAGUUCCGUAAUCUGGGCCUGUGUCUUGCAGCACGCGAAGCUUUGUGCCGUGUGAAACUAAAACUCUACUACGAAACACACGUCCUCGGCCCUCUUAAGCUCGCCGCAAAUCAAACACCGGGAAAAAUGCACUCAGUAUCGUCGCACAAACAAGGCCGUCAGGCUGCGGCUGCUGCUCUAGCUGUCAAAACUUCGGCUACAGAAAAUGUUGAUACAACUAGCUUGCAAGUACUGCCUAAGAAAUGUGACUCGGAGAAGGACGACAAUAAGUGUAAACAGGAAGAAAUGGACAACAAUGCAGCGAUUGGUAUGGAUUGUGAUCAACAAGCAUUGUUCGUGGAGGAGCAUGAUCUUGCUGGACAAGGUCCAUUGAAGCGCCGAAAAACGACGGAGCAUAUGAUAGAUUGUCAAGACGUUGAUAGCAAGAAGAUGGCUUCUCCUUCGUCAGAUAAUGAGCUCCCGAAGGGCCGCACGACCACGACUGAGACUCCCACUAGACUACCGUCUUUUGAUAAUCUCUUUAUCGUAGAUCAGCAGAGGACCCGAUCUUUGAGCCAAUUCUCGCUGUACAACUUGACUGCGAAGGCCCUACAAGUAGCGCGUCUGCCUCCAACUGUGCGUGGAUCUUCAUUCGAACGAGAGUCCAAAAAAGCUGGCCUCUCAGAUGGCGUUUCCGAACGGACGCUGAGCUCGGGCACGCCACGACUCUCUGCCGACGUGACGCCACAGCACCAAUGUGCAGUGUCUGGUGUCGGCGACACGACGAUGGAUGCAGAAACAGUUGCAAACGGAAAUGGAGAUCGAACGACACCGAAUAUUGUGCCGAAAAGCUCGCCCUUCGUGCGUUACACGGGUGCUUCUGAAACGAACGUUCCUGCGGGCUGGUUCCCCAAAAGCGGCUACCGUUGUAAUCCAAAUAACUGCUCCUACGAUCGCAACGGUGCGCCCCGACGCCAAGACAAUCACAAUUAUGGAUUCAAAGGCCGUCCUGGUGCAAAGCACGAUAAUCGAGGUAAAGGCGGCGGUAGAAAAGGAAUCUACGAUAGUCGUGACAAUCGUAGUCGGUCGAACGGUCACCAGCACGGUAACUAUAAUAAGAAUAAUCCCAAGUACAUCAAUAACCAUGGAGGUAAGCGGUGUGGAGGAGGUGCCCGCAAGGGAAAUGAUAAACGUCAUCACAAUAAUCAUCACAACGGUAAGGGAAUGGGAAAUCACUACAACGACAGAUGGAAUGGUCCUCUUAAGAGACCGGAGCAUGGUCGUGGCGGUAAUUUUCGCAACAACAGAAACAACCGCAAUCGUGAUCGCAGUGAGACCUGGGCGGGCGACAAUCACCACGGCGAUUCUCCCAGGGAACACGGCCCGCUAUCAAGCCCUCGCCACGGAACUGGGAAGGGAGGCAACAUCAACAACAAUUUUAGGCGCGGUUCAUCUUGGGAUGACGGUAAUUUUAACGAUCAUUACAAUAAUAGCGACUACGAUGAUCACGAAGAUUACGAGCAUGAUAACUACAACUACAACGCUUCCUCCGCUCACCCAGAUGAUUAUCGGAGCAACCACCAGCCCGCCGACGGCGACUACAACGAACAGAACUACAACAACUUCGCUGAAGGAGACUUUCAAAGCUUUGAUGAACACAUUCAGAAUAGUCAGUACUUCUCGGGUCAACACCAGAACGGACAAUACGAUAAUAAUGCACCAAUCGCGAAUAAUGGUGGCGACUCGAAUCAGCCCUGGGACGACGACACAGUCGCUAGUGGCCUGCAGGCUUUGAUUGGGUCUAGUGCUCUGGAUUUUCUGGGCAGCAACAUAUGACCGAACUUCACUAGAAAAUGAUAUAUUCUGACUCAUCAGUUAUCUUUCUAGCGCUGCACUUUCAGAUAUCAAUAUUUGUUGCGAAUAUUCACUCUCUCUCUUUGAAGCUUACCCAGCUUUGUCAUCCGAAACAUAAUUUUGAAAAUGGAACGGGAUUGAGAAUGAAUAUUCGAGUAGCUCAAUAAACCCUCCUGUUUCAUAUAACGGCUCGACGAAUAGUGGCAGCAGUACGUACGCGGAGCAGUCAGCAUCUUCUUCCUCAAAUAUCCUAAGUGGUCUAUUGGCCCCACCAGCAGUUACUACGUCUGUACCCUCCGCUGCUUCUUCAGUUGAGGAUGAUUGGUCAAAAGUGUGGAACGAGAUAAUUGGCAGUUCUUAG